AUGAACAGCAAAGUCACACCAAAUGAGCUGCUAUCUCAGGUCAACCAGUUUUGGAGCAUGUUGGAUGAUAUGGCUGAAAACAGCCCAGACAGUUAUCAGAAGUUCAUACAGCGACAUAUGAAGGAAGGAAAAGACUUCAUGGAGCCCCCAGAACCAUUCUUGUGUGUACAAACUAAGAUAUUGUAUCCAGAAGAAAGGAUGCUAUUUAUUAAUAUAUGUGGAUGGAAAAAGGUACCAGCUCCCCAGUCUGACUUACAUCCCAUGCCCUUAAUUGCUGGGAAAUUGGAAGAUACAUCUGAAGGGACUGUUUUUGACAUUGCAUACAGCACAGAGGUAUUGAAGAGAGCAGAGAGUGAUCGUGUAGAACAGGAUCAGCUCAUCCGCCUAGCAAUGAAAUACAUUGAACAGCAACACAAAGUCACCCUCUGCCAUUCUUACCAUAUUGCACCAAUCAGACAAAAGGGUAAUUUACACACACUGAGGAAGAAUUUACAAGGUAAACAGGAAAAGCCGACAAAGAUCAAAGCAAAAUCAGAAAAGGCUCCAGAUAGGUCAUUACUGGAACAGAUCAAAAACAUUUCGAUGAAAGAAGAAGAGAAAGAAGAAGUGAGCCCACACAUUGAAAUACUGGAGGAGAGCAAUCUGAAGCCUUCGAAAGCUUCCCUGAUAGAGGUGAUCUCCAGUACGGAGCUGGCUGAGGAAGAUCUGAUACCUACUCCCCAUCAUGAGCUGUCUGUCAUUAACAACCUGUCCGGGACACCACAGAAAAUAAUCCUGAGGGCUGCAUUACAUGGAGUGCGCUCUGUUUCUGAUUGUGAGCUAAGUGUGUCUAAGGAUGAUUUAAUGGUUGAAGUCCCUGGAAAGUACCGACUGCACUUAGACCUUCCUGUGUUGGUCAACGAGGAUUCAGCUACUGCAACAUACAACAAAGUAAAUGGUACUUUGACUGUUACUGUGUCAGUAGCAGAGAAUCAAGGAGUAUAA